AUGCUGGACACAGGAGCGGACAGAUCCUUCAUCAGCAACGAAUUAGCCCAGAGGCUGCAACUUCAAGACAUCGACUCGAAACGACUGACUAUCACCACAUUCGGCUCACAAACGCCAAUGGUGAAAUUAUGUGGGGUUACCGUGCUGCAAUUAUGGGACGCCAACGGAGCUCCUCACUCAUUCACGGUAACCAGAAUCGACACUGUCACAAAAUCGCUGCAACGAAAGAGCCUCUGCAUCGAAGAUAAGCUCUUCAUUUGUGACAACAAUCUCCAACUGUCCAUAAGUCCAGGAACAAAGCAUAUUCGUCCACAAAUUCUUCUUGGAUGCGCUGACUUAUUCUCACUAUUGAAUAGUGGAUUAACACCUCAGCAUGUACUCCCAUCAGGUCUACAACUCAUCCCCUCAAAGCUGGGAUAUUUAGUCGCCGGGCGGAAUGACGCUUUUUAA